AUGAAUACGUUAUUACAGCAAGCCCGUUUUUUCUACGUGGACGUGUUUCUCGAUGUGACUUUGGCACGAAACUUCCGGGAGCUACCAUCAGCACAAGGUCAGUUCAAGAUGGCAACGUUAUACACAUGGCGUGAGUGGGCCUUUGGUUCAGCAAAGCGCAAGUCGGAGCUUUUUUUCGCAAGUAACGUAUUGAACGGUGAUACGCAACAAGAGCGCGAGGAGGCACUAACUAAGUGCCAAAUUUAG